CACUAGCCACUGCUUUCGUCGUAUAAUUGUGUCCUUCGCUUGGAACUAAAACCCUAACAGCAGUUUUGUGAGUGGCCAUCCUCCAGCUCCGCAAUGGCUCCUAAAGAUGUAAAGAAGGCUGAUGCAAAGACACAGGCUCAGAAAGCUGCCAAGGCCUUGAAGUCGGGUGCUCCAGCUUUCAAGAAGUCCAAGAAGAUACGAACUAAGGUCACAUUUCAUCGCCCCAGGACAUUGAAGAAGGAGAGGAACCCCAAAUACCCUCGAAUUAGUGCAACUCCAAGGAACAAGCUUGAUCAUUAUCAGAUCCUAAAGUAUCCUCUCACAACUGAGUCAGCGAUGAAGAAGAUUGAGGACAACAACACUUUAGUUUUCAUUGUUGACAUUCGAGCUGAUAAGAAGAAGAUUAAGGAUGCUGUGAAGAAGAUGUAUGACAUUCAAACGAAGAAAGUGAAUACCUUAAUCAGGCCGGAUGGGACAAAGAAGGCAUAUGUUAGAUUGACACCAGAUUACGAUGCUUUGGAUGUGGCAAACAAGAUCGGAAUAAUCUAAAUUAUUUGCCAUUUCCAUUUCCAUGCCUUUUUUUUAAGCAUUUCAAUUUUCAAGUUUGAACUGAGAAGAUAUUUAAGAACCUCGAGCAGAGUUGGGUCAGCAAUUUCAGUUUGAUACAUUGCAUUUGAAUAGCUUUGGUUGAUGUUUUGAUGUUGUUGUGCUAUGUCUUGUUUGACUGUCAAAGAUUGCGAUCAAUGUUAACAGAUUGUAGAAAUCUAUGCCAUUUUUCCUCA